AUGACAAGAGGAAGCGGCAAGGACUGGUGUCGUCACUCGCCUUCGAUAUGGCGGCUUGACGGGAGUAUGAGGCAACAUGUAAAAGGGGAAGGAACAGCACGCUGUCGGGGGGGCAUCCCCAGAUGGGUGCUUCUGCUGGUAGUCACCUUGACGGUCUCAGUGCCUGGCGGUAUCCCAGCCGUGUCGGCAAACUCUUCAAGAAGAAGAGAUAUCCAGAAAGAAAUCGAAUUGACGACGGACAACGGCGGGAUGCCAGUGCCGGCUCUCGGUGAUGUCCUCAAUCCAUUUAGCAGUGAAGGAAGCAGGUCGCUAGCGCAGGGCCCUCAACCCCGCAAGCUGAGCGACGAGUUGCAGUCGACAAAUGAAAAUGACAAGGGAGGAGACAAUACUAACGCACCCUCGGCAGAACCUGCGAAUUCGAAAACGUCGAAAAAACGACGUAGACGAGCGCGUAAGAGCGAUGCAGAGAGCGCAGACAAAACGGAACUUGAGACGAACCAAGAAAACAAAAAUACCGCCAAGAAAAGGGGGAAAAAAGCGAAGAAUCAAUCACAAGAAGAUGGACCGGUCGACGGUGCUCCGGCGACACCAGAAGAUACUGACGCGGAGACUGGAAAGAAGACGAAGAGGCGGGGAAAGAAGCGGCGAUCGAAGAAAGGUGAGAAGGCCGGCGAUGCCGCUGCAGCGCCCGGGGAGGGCGGUGUCGGUAGCGAGAUGACAGAGGCGACAACAGCGGUGGAUGCGGAGGUGUUGGCGACUGAUGGAUUGGCCGGUGAUGCGGCGGGGACGCCAGGAGAGAGCGACGGGGCUACCGGAAAGAAGAAGAGGCGGGGAAAGAAGCGGCGAUCGAAGAAAGGUGAGAAGGCCGGCGAUGCCGCUGCAACGCCCGGGGAGGGCGGUGUCGGUAGCGAGAUGACAGAGGCGACAACAGCGGUGGAUGCGGAGGUGUUGGCGACUGAUGGAUUGGCCGGUGAUGCGGCGGGGACGCCAGGAGAGAGCGACGGGGCUACCGGAAAGAAGAAGAGGCGGGGAAAGAAGCGGCGAUCGAAGAAAGGUGAGAAGGCCGGCGAUGCUGCUGCGACGCCCGGGGAGGGCGGUGUCGGUAGCGAGAUGACAGAGGCGACAACAGCGGUGGAUGCGGAGGUGUUGGCGACUGAUGGAUUGGCCGGUGAUGCGGCGGGGACGCCAGGAGAGAGCGACGGGGCUACCGGAAAGAAGAAGAGGCGGGGAAAGAAGCGGCGAUCGAAGAAAGGUGAGAAGGCCGGCGAUGCUGCUGCAACGCCCGGGGAGGGCGGUGUCGGUAG